CAACGUUUCCCACAACCGCUUCUCUGGCGUUGUUCCUCGCGGCUUCUGGACAAUGGGGUCCCUCGAGAUCCUCGCCAUGGCUCACAACCAACUCCAGGGGUCUCUUCCUUCUAUCCUCGACUCCACUGCACUCACUGCUCUCGAUGUGAGCGAGAACCAGCUCCAUGGCUCCCUCCCUGACUCCAUCUCCCGCCUUGCAUCGCUGCAGCUCCUGAACGUCUCGGGCACGGGCCUGACCUGCCCUGCAGAGGGCAGCAAGUGUGUCGUGAAGCAGAGAAACUCCACCAGCUUCUGCCGCCUCUGCUUCUCAUUCUGCUCCUCAUGCUCACCCCGUGCAU